ACCUGACACGACAAACUUUUCUUGUGGUUUCGGGGUGGGCGGUGGCCUGACCUCCAAACGUCAUUUUUUGAGACGCCGCUUGGUUUGAGUUAACAGGACAGGAGCACUUCCUUGGUCCACCGGACGCCAAUUAGCGGGGAACGCACACUGAGCCAGACCAAAUGGAGUGGCGCCAGCAAAGCACUUUCAGCUGCGCAGAUGCCUUCAAUGAAGCUCGGCGUUGGAUUGAGGAGGUAACCGGACAACCUUUUGGCUGCAGUGACUUUCGUGCAGCUCUCGAGAAUGGAGUCCUGCUUUGCGACCUGAUCAACAAGUUGAAGCCCGGAAUCAUUAAGAAACUGAAUCGACACGCUACUCCCAUUGCUGGCUUGGAUAACAUCAAUGUGUUUCUGAAAGCUUGUGGGAAACUGGGGCUCAACGAGUCCCAGCUCUUCCACCCCGGAGACCUGCAGGACCUGUCAAAUCGAGCAAUCGUCAGGCGAAAUGAAAGCAGUCGAAGACUCAAAAAUGUUCUUAUCACCGUCUACUGGUUGGGACGUAAGGCCUACUUAGAUGAUGGCUACAACGGCGCUCAGCUAAACUUCAAGGCCUUUGAAGGACUGCUGGGCUUGGCAUUGUCCAAGGCUCUCGACGAGGGCGGGAAUGCGUGUGUGAAAGACGGUGCCCACCGAGAGUGCAGUCAUCCAGGAGGGAGAAUGAGCUAUAAGAGGGAGAGUUCAGUGGAUAGCUUGGACUCUGCAGAUACCCAAGCCCCCCGACCAAGUAGUGAAGGUUGUGGAAGUGAUGCGGAAGCUGAGCAAGUAUUUAGGACGGAUAUCGCACAGCAG